AUGGCCGCUUUCAGUACCGCGUUCGCGGUAGCCGUCUGCUGUUUCGCGCUGUUCGGUUCGACGUUCGUGUCGUCCGACGGUGGCGCCGGAAAUCCGUCCAAGAGCGUUCACCUCGGCGGCAAAGGACCGAUCGAAGGCCAACAGACGCUCAAGUUCCUGUACUGUUACUCUUGCGGAUAUCAAAAAGCAUUUGAUCAAUACUCAAGUAUUCUUAGUGAAAAAUACCCUCAUCUACACAUUGAAGGAGCAAAUUAUGACCCUUCUAUGGCACAUUUACUAGCAGCUAAAGUAUUGAGCCUAGCUAAAAUGGCGAUUAUUAUUGCCAUUGGAUCUGGAAUCAACUUAUUCGAAUAUAUUGGCAAACAGCAACCAAACUGGUGGAUCUGGUGUACAUCUAAUAAAAUCUACGCUUGUCUUGUGGUAUUUUUUGGUUCAAAUAUGUUUGAAGGAAUGCUUAUUUCAACUGGUGCAUUUGAGUUGUAUUUUAAUGAUAUUCCCGUUUGGUCGAAAUUGGAAACUGGAAGGAUUCCUCAGCCUGCUGAAUUAUUACAAAUUAUUGAUAACUAUUUAUUGUUUGAUAACCCAUACCCUGCAUAA